AUAUGUGAGCCGAAAAGCCUAGGACUAGGAGAAAAAGUGCUAUUUUGUUUUCCACUCUAAAAACACACGUUAAUUUUAUUCAGGCUAGGAGAACAUUUGACCCUUGGUGAUAUAAGGGAAGUAACUGCGAAAAAAACAAAAGCGCCGAAGUGUAAAAUGUGGAAUGCAGCAGAAGAUGACAGUUUUACAGAAUUUUGCGGUGGUAGUGUGUUAUUUAAUGAGACGCUGCUACUGAAGAGUGACUGGCCUCACUUCACCGACUGUUUUCAGAACUCCGUUCUUGUGUGGGUACCGUGCGCCUGGCUGUGGAUAACUCUGCCCGUCUAUCUUCACUAUCUCGCCACAGAACAUGGAGUUGCUGUUCCUGUUAAUUUACUCAAUACAGUCAAAACAUUUUGUGGUUUGUUCUUGUUUCUGCUGUCGACGAUAGACUUGAUACGAGCAGGAAGUGACAGUGAGAAGGGUCAUGUCGCGGGAGUUGUUUAUGUAUCAGCUGGUCUGAAGGCAGGAACCUUCCUGGUGGCGACUCUUUUGGUUCAGAUAGAAAGAAGAAAAGGCAUCAUCACGUCGGGAAUUCUCUGGAUCUUCUGGCUUUUCAUGUUCAUAGCGUCCAUUAUUCCUUUCUACUCAAAAAUCAAACUGAAGGAGUACGAUGAAAACCUGUUCAGCUUUGCCUUGUUCUACAUCUAUUUUGCGUUCAUCAUGUUCGAGCUUUUCCUGCAUUCCUUUGCCGAGAAGAUGACGAGAGCGGGCUACUAUGCCUUAGGUCAAAAACCAUCUCCAGAACAAGAAGCCUCUUUUCCCAGCAGGUUAACAUUUCACUGGAUAAACAGUCUUGUUUACCGUGGAUACAAGAAGGAGUUGCAGGAAGAUGAUUUAUUUGAGUUGCACCCGAGAGAUAAGAGUAUUCGAGUUGUUCCACAGUUUUCCAAAGCCUGGGAAAAAGAACUGCGCACUGUUCGCAGACUUAAUGAGCAAUACAAGAAGCGACAAUCAAGGAUGGUGAGUCACUAUCAAGCCUCCACGUCCAGCAGCUACAAAACAUUUUCAUCAUCCGAGAGAACACCACUCCUUGGAAACGGAUCCAAGAAAGAAGAGUUCACAUUCAAGGGAGAUAAGCCAGACAAGAAGAAACUGAAAGAGGCCUCCUUGUUUAAAGUUCUCUGUAAAACCUACUUUUGGGAGAUUUCGAAAUCCUGGCUGUGCAAAGUUGUUUAUGAUUUUCUUCAAUUUGUCAGCCCCAUGAUACUUAACGUCCUGAUCAGUUAUACACAGAACAAAGCCACUGAGCCACAAUGGCAGGGCUUCAUAUUUGCGAGUUCGUUCUUCGUCGUUGCGAUAAUUCAGUCGACGUUUUUCCACAUGCAGUUUCACAUCGGGAUGUCUCUCGGCAUGAGGAUUAAAUCAACUCUCAUCUCAGCCAUUUACAAAAAAGCCCUGACGAUCAGCAACGAAGCGAAGAAAACAUCGACAGUUGGUGAGAUCGUGAACCUGAUGUCGGUGGACUGCCAGCGGAUCCAGGAUCUAACCGGAUAUCUGUGGAUGUUGUGGUCCGCUCCCCUCCAGAUCUCCCUCGCGCUCGCUUUACUAUACAACACAGUUGGUUCGUCGAUGUUUGCCGGGCUGGCCGUGAUGGUUCUUCUGAUGCCCAUCAAUGCACUGCUCGCCAUGAAGCAGAGAACUCUCCAGGUGGAGCAGAUGAAGCUUAAAGACAGUCGAAUCAAGCUCAUGAGUGAAGUCCUAAAUGGAAUGAAGGUGUUGAAGUUGUACGCAUGGGAGCUGUCGUUUCAAGACAAAGUGUUGCACAUCCGAAACCAGGAGCUGGGAGUGUUGUUGAAGACUGCUUACCUCAGCGCCUUCGGAACCUUCACCUGGACCUGUGCUCCUUUUCUGGUAACCUUGGCAACAUUCACAACCUAUGUUCUGACGUCGGAAACUGGUUACCUGGAUGCACAGAGAGCGUUUGUUGCUUUGUCGUUGUUCAACAUUCUGCGAUUUCCCAUCAACAUCUUGCCCAUGAUUGUGUCCUAUGUCGUGCAGGCUAACGUGUCUAUUGGGCGUAUUGGGAAAUUCCUACGACAGCCUGACCUGGAUUUCGAUACGGUUAUUCACGAGACUUACAGUGAAAACGCCAUCUCAGUGAAGAAUGGGACGUUCACUUGGGACAAGACAAUGCCAGAACCAACACUGAAAAAUAUCAACAUAGAAAUCCAGGAUGAGAAACUGUAUGCAGUUGUUGGUCAGGUCGGUUCGGGGAAGUCUUCACUUAUUUCAGCUAUUCUGGGAGAGAUGGAGAACAUUGAGGGCAAGGUCAUCGUCAAGAGUUCUGUAGCGUACGUGGCCCAGCAGGCGUGGAUUCAGAACGCGACUGUGAGAGACAACAUUCUGUUUGGGAUGAACUACGACGCUGAGAAAUACGAUCGCAUCAUCGAGGCUUGUGCCCUGAAACCCGACCUUGACAUUCUCCCUGCAGGUGACCUCACAGAGAUCGGAGAAAAGGGAAUAAAUUUGAGUGGUGGUCAGAAACAGCGAGUGAGUUUGGCGCGAGCGAUCUACAGUGACGCGGAGAUCUUCCUGCUGGACGACCCGCUUAGUGCCGUGGACUCGCACGUGGGCAAACACAUCUUCAACCAUGUCGUCGGCAGUAAGGGACUGCUCAAGAAUAAAACCCGGAUCCUGGUAACUCACGGCGUCCACUGGUUGCCAAUGGUUGAGAAGAUCAUCGUGAUGGUGGACGGCAGAGUCUCGGAGCUUGGUUCCUAUGACGAGCUGCUGUCACAUGACGGACCGUUCGCCCAGUUCCUCAAGACGUACUUCACCCAGGAGGAGGAUGUCGAGGAAGACCCAGAAAUUCAAGCUCUGAAGUCAAAGAUUCUCGAGAGAGUUGAUUCGGUGACAUCCGAUACCGCAGCCACGUCAGGAGAUGAAGCUGGUGCCAGAUCUCUAACUCGCCGUCUGAGUCGACAAAAGAGCAAGACCGUUUCUGAAACAGAUGGAGAGAAACCAACAACAAAAGAUACCGAUCUGACAAAGAAGGCUGACAAGGGAGAUAAACUCAUCCAGGAAGAGAAAUCGGAAACUGGAAAGGUAAAGAUGACUGUGUAUGCACAGUAUGCUAAGUCGAUCGGGUACAUGAUGUCGUUGAUCAUCGUCAUCCUCUUCGCAGCAUUCCAAGCCAGCAGCGUCUACUCCAACAUCUGGCUGAGUAACUGGACGGACGACGACUUGCUGAAGAACACGAGUCGGUGGAAUACGUCGGAGUAUCAGAACAAAAACGCAAUGUAUCUCGGAGUCUACGGAGGUCUCGGUCUCACUCAGGCCGUUAUUGUUCUCUUGUAUUCCGUCCUUGCUUCUACACGAAUGGUGCAGGCUGCCCGAAACCUCCACAAAUCAAUGUUGGCCAACAUCAUGCGUUCACCGAUGAUGUUCUUUGAUACGACCCCCAUUGGCCGGAUCCUAAACCGGUUCUCGCGUGACGUGGAGACCAUCGACAAUAACCUGCCGCAGCUGGUUCGGAUGUGGAUAAACACAGUAUUCUCGGUUCUCAGUACCGUCAUCGUCAUCAGCUACAGCACGCCCAUCUUCCUUGUCGUGAUUAUCCCCCUUGGACUCUUCUACUGGCUAAUUCAGCGCUUCUACAUUCCCACCUCUCGACAGCUGAAGAGGAUAGAAUCUGUGACGAGAUCGCCAAUAUAUUCUCACUUCAGUGAAACAGUGACGGGUGCUUCCACCAUACGAGCGUUUGGUGCCUCCGAAAGAUUCUAUCAAGAAUCACAAGCUAAAGUGGACAAAAAUCUUGUCUACUAUUUUAGUGGGAUAGCUUCAAACAGAUGGCUGGGCUGGCGUCUGGAGUUUGUCGGCAGUCUCAUCGUACUGGCAGCGGCUCUGUUCGCCGUCAGUGAAGACGGGCUGGAGGGCGGACUCGUUGGCCUGUCAAUCUCCUAUGCUCUACAGGUAACAGCAAGUUUGAACUGGAUGGUUCGGAUGACCUCUGACCUUGAAACGAACAUUGUGUCGGUGGAAAGAGUGAAGGAAUAUUCUGAAACACCUACAGAGGCUGACUGGGAGAAUCCAUUUAGACGUCCACCUCAAGACUGGCCGCAGAAAGGAGACAUCAACUUCUUGAACUACCAGACACGAUACCGACCGGGUCUUGAUCUCGUCAUCAAGGGAAUAACGUAUAAUGUCCAAGGAGGGCAGAAGGUAAGUUCAAACUCGAGUCAUUUCCGAUCAUCAAUAAUAAUCGCAGAUAAAAGAUUCCUUGCUGCUAAUCGGAAGAGUAGCCCAUGUAGUGGCAACAGCGGGUUUCCUCUCAAAAUCAGUGACAUGGGACUGCAUGAUCUCAGAUCUAGACUCACCAUUCUACCACAGGACCCGGUGUUGUUCUCGGGCAGCCUGCGAAUGAACCUUGACCCAUUUAACCUGUACACUGACGAGCAGAUCUGGACGGCUCUGAAACACGCUCACCUCAACAAGUUUGUCAGCGAGCUGCCCGCAACCAUCGAGUACGAGUGUGGCGAGGGAGGACAGAACCUGAGUGUUGGACAAAGGCAGCUUGUGUGCCUUGCUCGAACUCUUCUCCGUAAAACCAAGAUUCUCGUUCUCGAUGAAGCAACGGCUGCGGUUGACAUGGAAACGGAUGACCUCAUUCAACAAACUAUAAGAACAGAGUUCAAGGACUGUACAGUUCUGACCAUUGCUCACCGUCUCAACACAAUCCUAGAUUACGACAGGUGUGAAAAUAGUGACAACUGA